AAGGGUUUCAAUUCAACACAACAUAAACCAAAAUAAAACGAAAAAAAAAAAAAAAAACUGAAGUGUGAGACAGAGAAAAACAAAGUAGAGAGAGGGAAGAGAGAAGAUAAUAAUCAUAGCUCCAAGUUCCAAACCACAAUUUCCCAGAAAAAAAAAAUUAAACACAAAAAUCAGCUCCACAAUUUCGUUUUAAUUUCUUCCUUUCUGAUCUUACAUGCCUAUGGAUCCCUUUGAGUUGAUUCGCGAAGGGUUUGGGUGAGACUAGCGGGACAUGUGCAGUUACUGUAAAUAGACUAGAUUAUAUUUAGUUAUUUUGUUGACAUCCUAGUUAAUAAUGAACUUGUCCAAGAAAGUAUCCCAAACGGAUGCAAAGCUAAGCAGCCCAAACAAGGCAACCACUUUGAAUCCAAAUGCAGCAGAGUUUGUUCCUUUUUCUCUCAGAACAUCGUUCUCUGGAACUGCCAGCUCGGUUGAUGCAACAGCAAGGCUUGCCAAUGCUGGGGCUCUUGGAAAAGCAGUUUUAGAUCGGUCAGAAUCAUCCAUUUCAAACAAUUCCGAUGAUGAGGUUCACCAAUACUGGCGAUGUCAGCUCCCUGACGAUAUAACCCCUGAUUUCAAGGUCGCAGGAGAAGAUGUAUCCCAAGAUGUUAAUGACCUUUCUUUAGCUGGCUUAUCUAUGCAUGAUGACAUUGAAGGUUUGAGGUUUGCCUCAUCUAAAGGAAGUAGAUAUAUAUUAAAUGAGCAGGAGGAAUUAUCUCAGCAGCACAUUAAUGGCAACAGUUUUACUGAUAGAUUAAGGUUUUCCAAUUCUAGCUUUAGGGAGGACCCAUCUUCAGCAAGCUUUCUGAACACUUCAACAAAUCCAUGGGAUAGGCCAAUUGGGAAUGCCAACCAGUUUGUUAGCAGUGGUCAAGAGGGGCUUACUUAUGAUGACAACUCAAGACAUGGAUUUUUAAAUGACAUCUUUUCUGAGAAUGCAAUCGUGAAUGAUACUAAUUUGAACCCCUUGGAGUUUCUGGCUUCUCUGUUCCCUGGUUUUGCGGCAGAAAGCCUUGCGGAAGUUUACUUUGCCAAUGGAUGUGAUUUGCAUAUGACCAUAGAGAUGCUCACUCAGUUAGAGCUUCAAGUUGAUGGUAGUUUCCAUCAGAAUCUGAACUCAAAGACUCUGUCAGCUCCCAAUCUCAGUGCAAUGGAUUUUCCUGCACUUACUUCACCAGAUGGUCAGACAGCUUCUGUAAAAUAUUCUGUAGAUAAUGUCCAGCAAAGUGGCAACCCUUACCGAUCAUCAGACAAAGACAUUCUGUCUUUCAAAACUAGCUCUUCAAUUCCGACUAGAGGUGCUAUUGACUUUGCUUCAGCUGUGAGGAAGCUGGCUUCUCAGGACUCUGGUAUUUGGAAGUAUGAUAAAAGCGGUUCUGGUGAUGCUGCCAUUGGGUCAAGUAGGACAUCUCAUGUUUUGGCUGGCUACGAUGGUGGACUGGGUAGAGCCAGCUUCAGUGACCGGUUACAGACUCGUGGUUCAGCUCGGGCAGCACCUGUUUGGGUUGAUACUGGUGACGCAGUUGCAAAUAUGUACUCGGAGCUGAGGGAGGAGGCUCGUGAUCAUGCACGCUUACGUAACGCAUAUUUUGAGCAGGCACGGCAAGCCUAUCUUAUUGGCAAUAAAGCCCUAGCAAAGGAACUUAGUGCUAAAGGGCAAGUGCACAACAUGCAUAUGAAAGCAGCUCAUGGAAAAGCUCAGGAAUCUAUUUAUCGCCAGAGGAAUCCAGUUGCUCCAGAGAUGCAGGGGAAUGGAAGAGGGCAAGAGAGGAUGAUCGACCUACAUGGACUGCAUGUGAGUGAAGCGAUUCAUGUGCUAAAACAUGAGCUUAGUGUGCUGAAAAACACGGCCAGAGCUGCCGAUCAGCCUCUGCAGGUCUAUAUUUGUGUGGGGACAGGUCAUCAUACGAGAGGUUCCCGCACUCCUGCAAGACUUCCGAUAGCUGUACAGCGUUUUCUACUCGAAGAAGGUCUUGACUUCACAGAACCUCAGCCAGGCCUACUUCGUGUUGUGAUAUAUUUUCCAAUGAUGCGAUCCACUUCCAUUCUCUUGCUCUCCAGACCUUCCCUUUUCCCUUCUUCCUUCUCAUUUUCCACCACCUCCCUGUCUCAAUGGUUUUCCUUUCUCCGCCACGCCAUCGCCACCUCCGACCUCCUCCUCGGAAAACGUGGCCACGCCCUCAUCAUAACCUCCGGCCACCACCAUGACCCUUUCCUCGUCAACAACCUCAUCACCAUGUACGGCAAAUGCGGCUCCCUCUCCUGCGCUCGCCACCUGUUCGACGUAAUUCCCCACAGAGACCUUGUCACCUGGAAUGCCAUUCUCUCUGCAUACGCCCAAGCCGGUGAUGCUGACAUUGUCAACGCUCAUGAGGGUUUUCGCCUUUUCCGUGUUCUCCGCGAGUCCUUUGUGUUAACCACUCGUCAUACUCUGGCCCCUGUGUUCAAGUUAUGCCUCCUUUCUGGGUGUGAAUGGGCUUCUCAGGUGCUUCAUGGCUAUGCGGUUAAGAUUGGAUUGGAAUGGGAUGUGUUUGUGGCUGGGGCAUUGGUCAAUAUAUAUGCUAAAUUUGGGAGGAUCAGAGAUGCCCGUGUUCUGUUUGAAGGGAUGCCCGUGAGGGAUGUGGUCUUGUGGAACGUCAUGAUCAAGGCUUAUGUUGAAAUGGGUCUUCAGGAUGAAGCUUUGUUUCUCUUCUCGGCGUUUCACAGGAGUGGCCUGUGUCCUGAUGAUGUUACUGUCCGGAGUGUUCUUAUGGGUGUUAGUAGAACUGGUUUUGAAUUGCAGUUGAAGCAGGUUCGAGCUUAUGCUACAAAGUUGUUCCUUCUGGAUCAUGAUUGGGAGGUUGUCAUAUGGAAUAAGACACUUAGUGACUAUCUUCAAGCUGGAGAGACUACGGAGGCUAUUGAAUGCUUCAUGGAUAUGAUCAAAUUGCGGGUAGCAUAUGACAACAUGACAUUACUCGUGAUGCUAUCUGUGGUUGCAAGUGAAAAGAAUAUCAAUAUGGGAAAACAGAUUCACUGUGUUGUUGUGAAAAUGGAGUCUGAUCGUGUUGUAUCAGUUGCAAACAGUCUUCUUAAUAUGUACAUGAAGGCAGGUUCUAUUGAUUAUGCAAAAAUCGUGUUUAGUCAAAUGAAAGAAAAGGAUUUAAUAUCAUGGAACACAAUUAUAUCUGGUUGUACACUGGGUGGUUCAGUGGAGUUGUCCAUAAGCUUCUUUGUUAAUUUACUACGCAGUUGCCUAUUGCCGGACCAAUUCACAAUUGCAAGUGUUUUGAGGGCUUGCUCUUCUCUUAAAGAGGGCGUCUAUUUCAGUAGACAAAUUCAUACUUAUGCAAUAAAAGCUGGUAUCAUCUAUGAUUCGUUUGUUUCAACAGCUUUAAUUGAUGCCUAUUCCAAGAGUGGAAAGAUGGAAGAGGCAGAACUUCUUUUUAGAAUCCAUGAUGGAUUUGAUUUGGCUUCUUGGAACGCUAUGAUGCAUGGGUACAUAGUGAGUAAGUGCUAUCACAAAGCAUUGGAGCUUUUCAUUCAAAUGCUUGGAAGUGGUGAGCAGGGAGAUCAGAUUACUCUGGCAAAUGCAGCUAAAGCUGCUGGAUGCUUGGUGGGGCUUGAACAAGGAAAGCAGCUUCACGCCAUUGCCAUAAAAAGGAUAUUUAAUUUAGAUUUGUUUGUUAUAAGCGGGAUUCUGGACAUGUAUCUAAAAUGUGGAGAGAUGGAAAGCGCAUGCAAAGUUUUCAGUAAGAUCCCUUCACCUGAUGAUGUUGCAUGGACAACUAUGAUAUCAGGAUGCGUGGAUAAUGGAUAUGAGGAGCAUGCUCUUUUUACAUAUCAUCAGAUGAGACUUGCCGGUGUGCAACCUGACGAGUAUACCUUUGCCACCCUUGUCAAGGCUAGCUCUCUUCUAACAGCAUUGGAACAAGGGAGACAGAUUCAUGCUAAUGUUAUCAAGUUGAACUGUGCUUUAGAUCCUUUUGUUAUGACCUCGCUUGUUGACAUGUAUGCCAAGUGUGGGAACAUAGAAGAUGCCUAUAGAUUGUUCAAAAAAAUGAACAUGAAGAGCAUCGCCUCGUGGAAUGCUAUGAUAGUUGGAUUAGCUCAACACGGAAAUGCAAAGGAGGCCCUCAACCUUUUCAAAGAUAUGAAGUCUAAGGAUGAAAUGCCUGACAGAGUUACCUUUAUAGGAGUCCUUUCUGCUUGUAGCCAUUCUGGUUUGGUUUCUGAAGCAUAUGAAAAUUUCUAUUCUAUGCAAAGAGACCACAGAAUUGAACCCGAGAUUGAGCAUUAUUCCUGUCUUGUUGAUGCCCUUAGCCGUGCAGGGCGCAUACAGGAAGCUGAAAAGGUUAUAUCAUCGAUGCCCUUUGAAGCUUCUGCUUCAAUGUACAGGACUCUCCUAAAUGCUUGUAGGGUUCAGGGAGACAAGGUGAAGGGAAAACAUGUUGCCGAGACGCUUUUGACCUUGGAGCCGUCUGAUUCAGCAGCUUAUGUUCUUUUAUCCAAUAUAUAUAGAGCUGCUAAUCAAUGGGAAAGUGCAGUGAGUGCUAGAAAUAUGAUGAGAAGGGUAAAUGUAAAGAAGGAUCCAGGCUUUAGUUGGAUAGAUAUAAAGAACAAGGUUCAUUUGUUUGUAGCAGGAGAUAGAUCACAUGAAGAAGCUGAUUUGAUAUACAAUAAGGUGGAUCAUAUUAUGAAAAGGAUUAAGGAAGAAGGAUAUGUCCCUGAUACAGAUUUUGCACUUGUUGAUAUUGAAGAAGAAGAAAAGGAGAGUGCUCUUUAUUAUCACAGUGAGAAGCUAGCAAUAGCUUAUGGUAUCGUAAGAACACCACCAUCCAUCCCAUUAAGGGUAAUUAAGAACCUUAGGGUGUGUGGAGAUUGCCAUAAUGCAAUCAAAUAUAUGUCAAAGGCCUUUCAACGAGAGAUUGUUGUGAGAGAUGCAAACCGAUUUCAUCAUUUCAGGAGUGGAAUCUGCUCUUGUGGUGAUUAUUGGUGAUUUCAUGAAGUUUAGUUUUAGGAUAAUUAGGAUAUUUUUUA